CUUUGCAGAAAUAUAAGAUAAGACUAGCACAAUAGAUUCAGCGUGGUUCAACUCUUUUUUUUGACCCUUCCAUAGCAGGAACUUAGUACACAGUGCUACUCUCAUUUUCACAGAUAUUACCACCAAACUUGAUGCAGUUCAAGCUCUUGGCUAUUUCCUUUUGCUUAACUCAAAGCACACUGCAAUCUUUUCUGUGAUUGAAGAAUGUUAAAAAAUAGCCAGAGUUUGGUCAGUGCUUCUGCAUGUUGUACUGUUGAGCAAGAGGUGAAAGAAGAGAGUAUAAAUGUCAUUGAUGAGAUUUCUGCUGAAUUGCAAAGGGAGAGGCAGAAAAAUAAAGAGCUCAUGGACAGAAUAUCAGUUCUUGAAUCUCAGAUACAAGAAAAUCAUAAAGACUUCGAGCUCUCAAAUGGAAAAUCCAGUUGUCAAAGUAUGGGGGAAAUGCACUUCAGAAAGCUCAAAAGACCAAAAAUGGACUCAGAAGUGAAGGAUCAUACUGAAAUCUUUAACAAAGAUGUUAAUACAGAUCAAGAAUGCCUAGUCAAUUGGAUGAACAUAGAUGAUACUCAGUUUCUAAAUUUAGAAAGAUCCAAAGAUGGCGAUACAGCUGCAGAUAAUGACCCCGAUGAUAGUGAAGACAUAGACGAUGAAGAAUCCGAUGAUAGUGGCACUUAUAAUAACAGUAUAAAUAGAGAAAAUUUCAAGAACUCGCAAAUCAAAGAGAAACUGAAAGAGGAUCUUGGUGAAGCAAGUGAUCCGCCGUUCAGAAGAAAGGGAAGUUCAUUUUCACAUAAAAAGUCUGUAAAGGUAGCUUUUUGUCCAAAGGAAGUAAAGAAAAUACUUGAAUCAAAAGAGCUUUCAGUGAAAAAUGCUCAAUCCCAUACUAUAAGAAAAAUCUUAGUUUUUUCAUCUCUUGGUAUUAGGCAUGGUUGUGAGGAUAUGUAUGAAUUAGACUUCAAGCAUUUUAGCAUUUUACACAAGGGAGAACAAUAUACAGAUUCAAAGAAUCCGGGGGAGCACGUGUUAUACGAUAACCCUGGAGUUCGGAUGAAGAUAUUCUAUCCCAACAGACAGAAUCCAAACUUGUGUCCUGUUAGAAUACUUGAAGAGGAGAAGGUCAUGCGUCCGUCUGAUGUUAGCUGCCCGUCGUGCUUAUUCCUAUGCAUCAAAUAUGGAGGAAAGACGAGAAAUCUUCCUCUGAAUGAAUACGUCAGGCAGCGAAUGGGAAGAAACAAGCUAAAAUCGUUUGGCCCGGCCAUAUGUCGGAUGGCAAUGCUAGUCCAUAUUCGCAGCGGAAGCUUCUUUUUUAAGGCCAUAGGAAUUACACUUCUUUUCAUGGCUGGUUUUCCUAAUGACCUGGUUCAAAGAGAAACCAAAUAUAAGAACUUGGACCUCCUACAAAAGUAUAACAGGACAGAUGAGGAUGCAGAAAGAGAGGAGUUAUUUCUAUCACAUACUGAACCUGAUACUAUUAAUAUUAGUCCCAAUUCUCAACAGGGGAAGAAAGUAUCAACGAAAACGAAAAGCAAGAGGGAAGCAAUCUCUAAGAGCAAAACUUCAGAGAAAGCGACAAUUAUACAUUCUGAACCUUCAAGUUCUGCACCUCCUACACCAUCUGGAUUAAUGAAUAUAUCAAUACCAUCAUCUCAAGCACAAGCAGAUAUGUCAAAACCCGUAUUAGCUAAUAUCGCGUCCAAUAUUCCCUACCAUAACCAAUGUGCAUAUCCUGUUCUUCCAAUUUAUCCACCAAAUUCUGUUGUGCCUUUAGUAUAUUGGCCUCAACCUAAUGUGUUCCCUACCUUUCCUUACCCCUCUUCAUAUAGAUAUAUUGCCCCUGGAAGCUGCAUUUCGAUCAAUCCAUAUUCGUACUAUGGUCAUUUGUAUAGUAACCCUUUGAAUCCAGAAACUUUAGGGACUGAGAAGCAAAAUGGAAGAUCAGAUGAUGCUCAAAGGGAGUCCAAUAGUAGUACAAGCAGCACAGAUUCAAGAGAGAAGUAAACGAACUUCUAGUGUCCAAGGUCAUUUUUUGUCACGACCCAAGCCCCUUCUUCGGAAGCUUGCCAGCAUAGAAGCCUGACUCGCCCUCAUCAGCCAGCCCUCCGUCAUGGGCGUCACAUUUUUCUCCUUGGUAUAAUGUGGUUUGGUAGCAGGAAUUUGUAGUCAAAACUCAGCGAGUAGCUUAUUUUCAAAUUUUAAAUCAGGGCUUUAGCCUUUGGGAGUGAAA